AUGUCUUCUAAAAACGAAAUAGAUCUCUACAAAGGCUCUCCUGCACCGGGUCUAGUCCCUACUAACCUUCUCAAAGAUGCAGCAGCAGUCGCUCUAUUGGACCCUAAGAUCUCAGAACCAGGAUGCGACUACGGUCCGGAGGAGGGAUACUUGCCACUGCGGGAGAAUAUUGCCAAAUGGCUGACAGAGGUCUACGAACCAGUGGAGCCGGUUGUUGCCAGUCGAAUCUGCAUCACCGGUGGCGCGAGCCAAAAUCUCGCCUGUCUGCUGCAGGUGUUCGCCGAUCCGGUACAAACAAAGGCGAUAUGGCUUCCCCAGCCGACUUAUCAUCUUGUGUUUCAGAUAUUUGAAGAUGCGGGAUUCUAUGACCAUUUGAGGGCCAUACCGGAGGACAUGGAUGGGAUGGAUGUGGAGACACUCGAGAAGGAACUAUCACGAGGAGAGAAGGACUCACCUACGGAAGGUGGACCACAUGAGUCAAUUUCAAAACCACCUCGACCGUACAGAAAAAUCUACCAACACAUCAUAUACUGCGUUCCGACACAUGCCAAUCCAACCGGGACGACGAUGACGCUUUCUCGUCGGGAGGAGCUCAUUCGAGUAGCGCGUAGGCACAAUGCCCUAAUAGUCAGCGACGACGUCUACGACUUGUUGUCCGCCGGUGAUUCAUCAUCUCAAAGGCUGCCACCACGUAUUGUCGACCUGGACAGACGUCUUGACGGUUUUCAAGCCCCAUUCGGAAAUUCCGUGAGCAACGGAUCGUUUAGCAAGCUGAUAUGCCCAGGGUGUCGUGUGGGAUGGGCAGAGGCAGCAGGUGCUUUAGUAUAUGGAUUGUCUCAAUGCGGAUCAAACAUCUCUGGUGGUGCUCCGUGUCAAUUAAUGUCUACAUUUAUCAACCAACUGCUCGAAAACGGGACUCUAAUAACCCAUAUUGAGGAUACAGUCAUUCCAGCAUGUGCUCGACGAUUCGUAGCCAUUACAACCGCAAUCAAAAAGCGCCUGUCGCCACUUGGAGUAACAUUACAGCCAGACCCAGAGGGAACCUUGCUCACAGGCGGGUUUUUUGUCUGGCUUAGUCUGCCUUCGCCGUUGAAUAGCACGGAGAUGGGCCGGUUUUUGCAGUUCCUGGGAACCGGAUACCAGAGUUUCUUCAUCGAAGACUAA